CCGCGUUAGCCCCGCCCCAGGCACGGUGACGUCACCGUCGACCUAUAAAAGGAGACAGCCGACGGGACGACAGCGUCAGAAGUCGCUGGUUCUCGACGAGAGUGAUACGCCUCCAAAAACCCCAUCCUCGUCCUCCUGACGCUUGGCCUUUGACGAGGAGAACUUCUAUACCAAGGGGCGCGUGCAAGGCUUUUUGCGCGUUUUGGCAGUUCCAUAAUUCUCCUCGAAUCCCAACAUCGUCCGAAUCAUCUCGAAUCCGUCAGGCCCGAAAUCCGUUCUCCAAAUCCAUCUUCCAAAUCCUCCCCCACCCCGACCUCAAUUCUCUCCGGCCAUCUCCUCCCCCAAGCUCCACUCUCUCUCCUUCCGCUCCACGUCCCCCCGCCCGUCCAUCGUCUUCCACACUCCCGUUUUUUUUCCCGCCCGCCAAGCGCGCGCUCCGCAACUCCACAGUGCCAUGGCGAGCACGGGCAUGCAGCUGCUGGGCCUGGCGCUGUGCAUCGUGGGCUGGCUGGGCGCCAUCGUGACGUGCGCCCUGCCCAUGUGGAAGGUGUCCGCGUUCAUCGGCAACAACAUCGUGGUGGCUCAGAUUGUCUGGGAGGGCAUCUGGAUGAACUGCGUGGUGCAGAGCACGGGCCAGAUGCAGUGCAAGAUGUACGACUCGAUGCUGGCCCUGGGCCAGGACCUGCAGGCAGCGCGAGCCCUCUCGGUCAUCGCCAUCGUCCUCACCGUGCUGGGCAUCCUCGUCAGCAUCGUGGGCGCCAAGUGCACCACCUGCAUCGAGGACGAGACCACCAAGGCGCGCAUCACAGUCGGCUCGGGCAUCAUCUUCAUCCUGUCGGGCGUCAUGGAGCUGAUCCCGGUGUCGUGGGCCGCCAACACCAUCAUCCGCGACUUCUACAACCCCAUAGUGCCCGACGCCAUGAAGCGCGAGAUCGGCGCCUCCAUGUACAUCGGCUGGGCCGCGGCCGCCCUGCUCAUCCUGGGCGGCGCCCUGCUCUGUUGCCAGUGCCCCCCCAAGCAGGAGAAGUACAUGGGGCCUCGGUCGGUCGCGCCGCCACGCUCCGUGGCCACGGCGAGAAGCAACUACGUGUGAGGGUGGUUGGUGGUGGUGUGUGUGUGUGUGGGUGGCUGUGGGUGGGUGGAUGGGUGAGGGAGGUCCUGGGGUGGAGGUGGAAAAGUAGAAUCUGGUCGGAUUGAGUUUCCCCCCCCCCCCCCCCCCCCCCCCCGCAAGUGGCCCUUUUAGGUCUUGUCAAGCGCCAUUCCGUUUUGUGUACGCCAUCGUUGUUGUUGUCGUCGUUGUUUUUCAACUAGAAUGGCAAAGGUUUGCCUCGCGCCAACGGGUGUGCGCCGUUGUCUUUUGAAAAGCCACGUUUUGUGCCGCUUGCUUUGACGCGUGUACCGUGGAAAAAGGGCAGUUUGUGUUUUUAAAAGGGGAGGGGGGCCGUGUGGUAAUUGUUUACCCCUCCACCCCCUGUCGUCUUGCAUGGUGCCACCCCGGGGAAUGAAUUGCUAUGGUGUGUUUGUGGUUUGUUAACCUGCCUAAGAUGUGUGUGGUGUUUUUUUUUUAAUACCGCUGGCAGCUUAAACCUUUCGCACGGUUUUUGCAAUUUGAGAUCCGAAAUUCCGUUUUUUAAACUACCUGCUCGCUAAGGUUUUGAACAUUCUUGCCAGUUUUUUUUAUUUUAUUUUAUUUGGAAGGACUUUAGAACUGCUUUUGUGGUUUUUUUUUCCCCCCCAAGUCUCUCACCCCCCCCCCCCCCCCCCGACAAAUCGCUCAAUAUUUUCAGAACUGUUGCGAUGAAAGCGUUAACGUUUUUGGCCACUUUGUAAUUUGACGUUACUGCUAUGCAUCCUUUUUUGUUUUUAGAAGGUUAGAGACUCCAAAUUAAGAUUUGGAAUUCUCCUUUUUCACAUUCGGGUUGACGCUUUCAAACAUUUUGACGACGCCGUUUUCGAGUCUACUGCAAGAUCCCCCUCUCCCCUCCUCCUGUCUCUAUCUUUAAAAUGGCCACACAACAUUCCGUUGUGGUCACAGUUUUGUGAACGACCUCAACUCCAUGUCGCAAAUACUCCCUCCCCUCCCCCCUUAAAUUGACUUUGUUUCAGUUCAACGUUAACUAAUCCUCUUUUUGAAUUUGGACACGCCAAUUUAAUGAUUUGGCCAGCAACCUUUUUGUGCCGGGUGUGAUUUAAAGUUUUUUUUUUCUUUUACAAAGGUGUCGAUUUCCAACCGCGCUUGGCGGCGGUGCCGGAGGGAGGCGUCUGGGGCACCCCGUUGCGUUUUCUGGAAAAAAAAAAUGUUUUAUUAAUUAAGGUGUUGGCCUUUUUCAGCGAUCUCUCUCUCUCUCGCUCUCGCUCCCCUCUCUAAGACGAUAAACCCAUUUUUUUAUGGUGCUCUACUUGGGGUACACAGUUUCUAUGCAAGUACUUUAACAUUCACUUGUCAUACCGGGCUUCUAAUAUCAUCCUCAAUAACCUUACGGUGCAUUUACAGCCCAUUGUAUAAAUCGUGAUUUGCAAAUUGGUGUGCCUUUUUUUUGGGGUGGGGGGGGGUUUAGACCAUCCCAAUAGGACGUUAUCAUGGCCAUGAACUCUUGCAUAAAUAACCCUGCUAAACUAAAUCGUGGUCUCGGGUAAAAAAUGGUCAAUUAGUUGACGAGAGUUUCUCAGUCAAACGGAUGGGAUUCGUCUUUUUAUUUGUGGCCAAAUUCUUCUCUGGUCACGAGUGCCUGCUUAUGGAACUCUUGAACCAAAUCCUUCAACCAAAUGCUUAUUGGAUUAAACUACCGAACCUCUUAAGCAAACAAAACACAGAUCUCCUUGAGACCAUGCACACUCCUACGUUGGGGGGGGGGGGAGAAUUGACCGAUGGUUAAACUUAUCCGUAAACCUGAAAUCGUGUAAACCCCAUUAAACAUUCUUAAGGAUGGUUAUAAAUUGCAAAUGUGGGCAUCUUACUCCCUACUGUCUGCUGCGAUACCCUUUUUUAUUUGAGGCUUCAAACAAAAAUCGUUGAAUUGCUUUUGAUCAUUUUUUGGUUUGUACCUUUUUAUAACCCAAACUUUUUUUUUAUCAUGGGGCUCCCUCCAAAGUCUUGGAAUUAUCUUUAAGAUGACCGAUUCAAAUUCUGCCUCUUUGCCUUCUAUUUUGAGAGUCUUAAGUCCUUUUGUCAACAGGUCAACCAUUGUCCCCCUCUCCCCCAACUCCUGUUAUUUGUUCGUGCCUUAAAUAGCGAUCUGAUUUUUUUAAAUGAUUAAUAAAAGUGUGAAAUCGUUACAAGUGUUUUUUUUUAUUAUUAUUACUAUGUUAACCCAAUCGAUAGCUUGUACAAAUCGUUAACUCUUGAACAUUCCUCGACCCCCCACGUACGAACCAACUUGGCUGUCUGGAUCGCGCGGCAAAUAAUCGUAGCUGGCUAAUAUUUAAACUGGACAUUCGCUUUGUACACCUUGCUAUGAAACUUAUUUGCUUUUAGCUUCGUUUAUAAAGGAAUCCUCUGUACAUUUGUGGUUUUUUGUUCAAUUGUAAUUUGACGCUAUUACAAUGCAUCUACCGUCCAUUUUUAAAAAGGCACGGAUUCAAAUUGAAGGUGGCGGGUUUUUUGUUUUUGCCGUUUUUUUAGAGUUGACCGCUUUUUUAAACCAUUUUUUUGUUUUUAAAUUUGUGGCAGAGGGGAGAAAAAAAUCGACCGGCAAAAUGCGGAGUGGGGUCCAUUUUGUGUAAAAUGGCCGCCACAAACAUUCCAUUUGUGGCCGCCAUUUUGUGAAGUUACCUCUUCACCCACCCACGCACCCCCCUCCUCCACCUGCCUUUGGAUUGGUGGUGGUGGUUGUUUGGUUUUUUUAAACUGGGUGGUAGCCUUGUGCAAUUGCAUCCAUCGGGAGACCUGAACAAAACAUCUUUUGUAUUAGCAAGGCGGCGGUGACACGCCCAUUUUUAGAACUGCCCAGCCACCAGCACCACCUUUUUUAAAGUUGGCGACCAUUUGGCACAUAAGCUGCAGGUUUGUGUUUGUUUUUGAAUUUAUUGUUUUAAAUUACCCACGGCUGAAACCUGGAGCUUCUGGCUGCCCCGAUGUACUUGCAUUCUCUCCAAAGAAACCGGUUUUUUU